AAGAAGACGAGUGCGGUUGUUUGACACUUUGCGCUCUCUUUCUUUUUUUUUUCUCUUCCAACGGUCCAACUUUGACUAUCUUGUUCUCUCCUUCCCCUCUCCAAGUUCCGGUCUUCUUCCAAAUUCUCCAAUCUCUUUCCCUUUGUCCCAUUCAUGGCUUCACCGCAUUAUCCAAACCCUAGAACUCCGGCACCGUUCAAUUUCUGAUCCGUUUCCGUUGCAGGAACCAUGAACGUGACUAUUGAUUCCGCUCUCUUCGGUUUUCUGUUCCCAUCACUUUGGGAGAUCAAAGUCACCGUCGCUGCCUCCGUCUUCGUCAUCCUUGCCUAUUGGUUCUUCUCCUUCAGAACCGGAGACCUCCACGCCGAUCCAUCGCUUCCCGACAAUCCUGUCGCCGCCGGCGAUGUUGCCGACGAUAAGGACAAGAUGGACCAGCCGAAAGUAGAUUCUCAGACCAGCUCUGCGUACCUGAUUAAGUUAGAACUAUUGGCUGCUAAGAAUCUCAUUGGUGCAAACUUAAAUGGCACAUCGGAUCCUUAUGCUAUUAUCACUUGUGGCAAUGAAAAGCGAUUCAGUUCAAUGGUUCCCGGUUCAAGAAAUCCAAUGUGGGGAGAGGAAUUCAAUUUUUCUGUUGAUGAACUCCCUGUCCAGAUCAAUGUCACAAUUUAUGACUGGGAUAUAAUUUGGAAAAGCGCUGUUCUUGGUUCUGUGACUGUUCCAGUUGAAAGUGAAGGUCAAACUGGUGCAGUGUGGCAUACUUUGGAUAGCCCUUCAGGGCAGGUUUGUCUCCAUAUAAAAACAAUAAAACUAUCUGCAAAUUCUUCCAGGAUAAAUGGUUAUGGUGGAGCCAACCCUCGAAGAAGGAUGCCAUUGGAAAAACAGGGGCCUACUGUAGUUCAUCAAAAGCCAGGGCCUCUUCAAACUAUAUUUUCUCUUCAUCCAGAUGAGGUUGUUGAUCAUAGUUAUUCUUGUGCUCUUGAGAGGUCAUUCUUGUAUCACGGUCGGAUGUAUGUCUCUGCAUGGCACAUUUGUUUCCAUUCCAACGUGUUCUCAAAGCAAAUGAAGGUGGUUAUUCCAUUUGGAGACAUAGAUGAGAUUCGAAGGAGUCAACAUGCAUUUAUUAAUCCUGCCAUAACAAUUAUUCUUCGCAUGGGUGCUGGUGGACAUGGUGUCCCUCCUUUGGGAAGUCCUGAUGGUAGGGUUAGAUAUAAGUUUGCAUCAUUUUGGAACAGGAAUCAUGCAUUCAGAAACCUGCAGCGUGCAGGGAAGAAUUUCCAUGAAAUGUUGGAAGCUGAGAAGAAGGAAAAUGCAGAAUCAGAACUGCGUGCACAUAGCAGUUCUGUCAGAGGAAGUAAGGUACUGGAUAAGGUUCCUGAAGAAAGCAAGCCAAAAACGGGACAACUUCAACAUUUUAUCAAGGAAGAGGCUUUAGUUGGUAUAUACAAUGAUGUUUUUCCUUGCACAGCUGAGCAGUUCUUUAACUUGUUAUUAAAUGAUGAUUCAAAUUUUACAAACAAAUACCGUUCAGUACGAAAAGAUACUAAUCUUGUGAUGGGUCAGUGGCAUACAGCAGAUGAAUAUGAUGGUCAAGUCCGGGAGAUUACUUUCAGAUCCCUUUGUAACAGCCCCAUGUGCCCUCCAGACACAGCCAUGACAGAGUGGCAACAUGUUGUUCAAUCACCAGACAAGAAAAACCUGGUGUUUGAGACAGUGCAGCAGGCACAUGAUGUCCCAUUUGGAUCCUAUUUUGAGGUACACUGUAAAUGGAGUUUGGAGACAACUAAUGGAAACUCAUGUACUCUAGACAUAAAAGUGGGUGCACAUUUCAAGAAAUGGUGCGUCAUGCAGUCUAAAAUAAAGUCAGGAGCAGUCAAUGAGUACAAGAAAGAGGUUGAGGUGAUGUUAGAUGUUGCUCGUUCAUAUAUAAAAUCAAGUGCUUCUAGUGACGAGAAUGAUAAGGCUUCUUUGCCCCCUGCAGCGGCUGUGGAAAGCUGAAUUUUUUUUUUGGCAACCUCAGAUUAGGAUUUUAUUUGUGGCAAUAUCUUACUUAGCUUUUCUUUUCUUUUGUUAUUUAUUCUUGUAACACGCAUAGCUGAAAUAUAUGUAAAUGUUGACUGCUAUAGGUUUUUGUCUCAUGUAUUUCCCUUGGUAACUUUCAGCUUAUCAUAGGGGAUUCUGGUGUUUCCAUGUUUGUUCUCAAACGCCUCCGUGGAAAAUGAAAUUUCUUUAGUGUCAUUAAUUGCUACUAUGCGAUUUACUUUUCAAGAAAAGUCAUCGUAUUAUCUAGCACUCAUUU